AUAAAGAUGGUUGAACUUCAGUCCAUUUUCAAAAAGGCCUACUGGUCGCUGGCUGCCGGCGGUCUUGUCUACGUGAGCAUCAUUUUUGCCUUGACGUUCCCAACCGUUCAAAGAUUUGCCCUCUAUGCUCACAAGGCCAAUCCAGCUCUCUGGGAAGACGUCGACCAGGUUGAAUCUUUCGGUUUCCUGAAGACACAGGUCCAGCCAUUCAAUCUGGUGACACCUGAUAAUGAAACCCUCUACGCGUGGCAUCUGCUCCCUCCUCACCUCUGUCGGGAGCACGAGGAGAAGUUAAAUGCCAAUGAACCCUCCGGUCCAGCGAGUGACUAUACCAAAACUCCCGCCUACGAACUGCUGGCAAAUGAUCCCAAUGCCAGGGUCGUGGUGGCUUUCCACGGCAAUGCCGCUCACAUCGGCUCCGCUCAACGCCCGGAAACCUACCGCAUGCUUCUGGGCCUGUCGACACCCUCCAACCCAAUCCAUGUCUUCGCCAUUGAUUACCGCGGCUUCGGCAUCUCCACCGGAUCCCCGACAGAAGAAGGCCUAAUCACCGAUGGAGUCGCCCUGCUCAACUUCCUCACCUCCAGUCCAUUGAACAUCCCUCCGUCUCGAAUCGUCAUCACAGGCCAGAGCCUCGGAACAGCCGUCAGCGCCGCGGUAACCGAGCGUUUUGCAUUCGGAUCUCCCGACCCAACUGCCAUCCAGCCCGCAAUCAAAGACCCCGAACCCUUCGCCGGCGUCAUCCUCAUCGCAUCAUUUAGCAAUAUACCUAGUCUCCUUGAUACCUACAGCCUGAAGGGCCUCACACCUCCGAUCCUAUCCCCUCUUGUUGGCUACCCUCGUGUGAAGAACUGGACGAAGAGCCAUGUCAUUGAUCGUUGGGAUACCGCUGCGCGAGUGGCACGGUUAACGGGAGUUGGGCCAACAGCUCAGAAUGAUUCGGCCAUUGGUUAUGCGGAUAAGGGUUUGGAUUUAACCGUUGUGCAUGCGUAUAACGAUGCCGAAAUCCCAUGGUACGAAGGACGUCGCGUUUGGGUUGCUGCGACAGGGGAGAACGAUAAGAAUGCUCCUGGGCGUCUCGUCCACGAGAGGAAGGACCCGAAGAGUCAGAAUGAAGUGCUUAUCUGGGAGAACAGAUCUAGCAAGAACGCCGGUGUGGUUAAGAGUGUUAGAUGGGAGCGUGUGCCAUACGGUGGUCAUAAUCGCGUUGCGACAUUCUCUGUUGCUGCUCUUGCUGUGCUUAGAGCUUUCGAGCAGUGAAGGUGCGCUUUAGGACUUCAACUCGGUAACCCCCCGACGGUGAAACCUGCCUUCUGUGGGACCCAUAGCCUUUAUUUAU